AUGGAAUAUCCAGAAUUGGCAGCUGGAGGAGGAUCAGGAUAUGUUCUUUCAAGUACCUCCCACAAACCAGAUUAUUACAUUUAUUCAGAAGAUGACUAUAUGAGUGAUACUAAAUUAACAAAAGGUCUUCAAGAAGGCAACGGGAAAGCCAAAAUCACUUUAUUAGAAUUAUUUGAAGAAGAAGAAAUCAAAGAGUCUCCUUGCCAUAACUACAUACAACAACGUUUCUCAAUAAGAAAGAGAUAA